AUCCGAGAAUGUGACAUUGGUGAAAUCUGGAUCUGUGAUAUAGAUCAAAAUAGGGUUGAAUCCGAGCCCUUUUUUCCUUUAACGCAAGAUAGUAAGUUACAAAACUCACCUUUAAGUUAUGUGCCGCAUACAGUGUGGGACAAGCUGUGGGACACCUUAAGACAGAUUCAAACUUUA